AGCAAAUCCACAAAAACAAUAAUUCAAUCCAACCUCGUCCAUCUUUGCCAUAUGCUCUCACCCACUACUGCUACAUACAAGAGGUCCUCUCAUAACAAAUCAGCCGUUUAUCCUGUGGAAGAAAGAAAGAUGCCAUAUGGAUCUGUAUCUCGACCUUUUCUAGGAUUACCUUUUCGGCACAGACUUAUGAGCCAUAGAGGAGGGUCGCUCGAACAUGUGGAAAAUACUAUGCCCGCAUUCAGAUAUUCAGCCAAAAUACAGGCUGAUAUGAUGGAGCUUGAUGUACAGUACACAAAAGACCACCAGGUUGUGAUUUUUCACGACUUAUAUCUGGACAGGUUAUGUGGUUCUGAAUUCAAGGGAAAAAAGAUUAGUGACUAUAAUUUAAAAGACCUGCCGCCGCUGCUGAUUCCAAACAAGCUUGCUCAUUUACCGCAAGUGGUUCAAGACCCAGAAUCAAGACGAAUCCCCUUGCUUCAAGAUCUACUAACUGAAUUUCCAACUUAUCCCAUGCAGAUUGAUGUCAAAGACAGCCCCAAAGAACUUGUUUUUAAAGUCGCGCAUUUACUUCAGUCACACAAUCGCAUCGAUAAAACAGUUUGGGGCUCCUUUCUCUAUGAGCAAUCCAAAUACUGUGCAACUGCUACUCCAUUUUCGUCACAGAUUCCUCGUUUUUUUUGUGCAUGGAGAUUUUUACAAACCUAUUUCAUGUACCAUGUUGGUUUGCUUGGCUGGAUGAGCAUACCCGAACGCGCAUUGAUUAUGCCAAACUAUUACAUGUUGAUGAGCAAGGGAUACAUGAAAGCCAUCCAGGCUCGUGGUGUUUCUGUCAUCAUGUUUGGCACAAAGGACGGCGCUUUGAAUACUGAGCUGGAAUGGGAGCAGGCAAGAGACGUUGGUGUAAAUGGUAUCUGUUCAGAUUCUCCCACAAAGCUGAUUGAAUGGCUUGAGAGUAAUCCGUUGAGAUCUAUGUUACAAGCCUAGACAUUAUGAAUAUAUUUUGGUUUUGGUUUUC